AUGACGAAGACAGCCCUACAAACGCAACCUCCGCCAACGCCCACUUACAUCCUCACCUACCCAGCCCCGUAUGUCAUCCUCAUAACAAUCAACCGCGCUCCCCAAAUGAACUCCCUCCCCUACGCCUCGCACUGGGAAGCCGACGCUCUCCUUCAAUGGUUCGACUCCGAGCCCGCCCUCCGCGUCGCCGUAAUCACCGGCUCCGGCCCCAAAGCCUUCUGCGCCGGCCAAGACCUCAUCGAGCAGAAAGAUCUGGCGAAUCUGCGGGAGAAGGUCGCGAGGGGGGUGCUGAAAGAGAGCGAAUUGCCGGAUCGGAGGCUGUUGACGCAUCCGACCGCGGGGUUUAUGGGGGUUAGCAGGAGGGUGGGCAAGAAGCCUGUCAUUGCGGCAGUGAACGGGUUUGCGCUUGGUGGGGGGUUUGAGAUUUGUUUGGGGUGUGACAUGAUCAUCGCUUCACCGAAGGCUACGUUCGGGCUACCAGAAGCUAUGCGUGGUCUAUAUGCAGGCGCAGGUGGUCUCUCUCGCCUCGUUCGUCUCGCAGGCAUGACGAUUGCCAGCGAGGUCGCCAUGGCUGGGCGUUUCCUUUCCGCAACCGAAGCCGCGAACUACAACAUCGUGAACAGCGUGUCGAAGACCCACGAGAGCGUCGUCGACGAAGCUGUCGAGCUGGCGGCGAAGGUUGCUAGCCUCUCACCCGACGCUAUCAUUGUCACGAGGCAUGGACUGCGGGCGAGCUGGGAGCAAGGAAGUGUGGAGCGCGCGAGUCAGGACACUGAGCUGCGAUUUGGGAAAGCAUUGCGUGAAGGGAAGAACCUGGGCAUUGGGCUGAGAGCUUUCGCCGAGAAGAAGCAGCCGAAGUGGAUGCCGUCGAAGCUGUGA